GCUACUUCGAUUGGAUCUGCUUAAUCUCUGGAGGAAGAAGUUUCUGAGAUCUAUUUCGAAGCUUUGUUUGUAAUUUUCCCCAAUUUAUCAAUAAUGAUGAUCUUUUGGUUCUUGAAUAUGGAAUGUGUUUCGGGUUUUAGCUUGCGAGAACGAAAGAAGCAUAUAGACUCCACGGUGGUUCAGAAGCACAGCACAGAGUACAUGCCUGGGACAGGGACUGCGGUAUUUGAUCGGUUUCCACCAUCUUCAGAAAGGCUUGAUACUUUCUGGACUGUAUGCACCUCUUGCAAAGUUCAGUAUGAGUACUUGAGGAAGUAUGUGAAUAAGAGGCUUUCGUGUAAGAACUGUCGUGGAGCAUUUAUUGCUGUAGAAACUGGUCCAGCUCCUGUUAGUGCACCAUUUCAUUACACGCCUCCAUCUCAUGCGCCCCCAUCUCAUGCGCCUCCAUCUCAUGCGCCUCCGAGUAAUGGCUAUGGCGCACAUAGUUAUGAUGCUAUGUCACGCAUGCCCACGAAUUCCACGUAUUUCUUAGGGCACUAUCCUGGGCAAGGACAUGGAUAUGAUUAUGGUACGAAUGGUUCAUAUGAAUGGAGCUCGUACGCUGGAACAACCUCCCCAGGGAAUCUGGAUUUGAAGCGUGUGUCCUCAGUGUCCAAUGGGUAUCCUUAUAAGCACAGCAACUCAGUAGUCAGCGCGGGAAUAAAUAAAGUCAAAGACGGUUCUAAUGGGACAUGCUCGAAGAAAAGCACACAUGGAGGUCUGAUAUAUCCUAAUCCGCCCAGCAUGUCUGCUCACGCGACUGUUAAGGUCGGCAGACCUGGGAAGAAAAGCAAAGUUUUUAUGGAAGCUGCUGCUAAUGGAUUUGUGGAGAACCCUCUGAAAUCUGUUUCAGUAUCAAAGACAACGAAUGUGGAUGCCAAAAUGGAACAGGAUUACAAACUUCAUCUCCAAAGUUCAACUAGACGUUGGUCUGCUGCAUCAGUAAUGGAUACACGGACACCUUUAAUUCAAAAGGCCAGAACAGAUAUCAAGCAAAGAUUGGAGAUCAUGAGAUUGGCUUCAGAGGCAGCAGCGGCUGCAGAGGAUGCGACACCACUUGAUGAAAAAACUGUUAUCUCCUGUAAGUUGGGAGAUGUUACGGGACGCAAAACUAACGGGCCAAUAACAGUUCCAGACUCUGAUUUCCAUGACUUUGAUAAAAACAGAUCUGAGGAAUCCUUUGAGCCAAGGCAAAUAUGGGCAAUUUAUGAUGAAGAUGAUGGUAUGCCACGCCUAUAUUGUGUGGUUAGGGAAGUACUCUCGGUUCAACCCUUUAAGAUCGACAUUGCCUACUUAAGCUCCAAAACCGACAUCGAGUUUGGGUCAAUGAAAUGGGUACAAUACGGGUUUACAAAGUCGUGUGGACAUUUUAGGAUACGGAACUCUGACAUAGUUGAUCAAGUUAACAUCUUUUCGCAUCUUUUGAAAGGGAAGAAGACAGGGAGAGGUGGUUGUGUUCGAAUCUUCCCCACAACUGGGGAGAUUUGGGCUGUCUACAAGAACUGGUCACUGAACUGGGAUGGAUCAACACCGGACGAAGUGAGGCACCAAUAUGAAAUGGUGGAGAUUCUUGAUGAGUAUACUGAACAGUAUGGUGUGUGUGUUGCCCCACUUGUUAAACUAGAGGGCUACAAAACCGUAUAUCACAGGAGCACGAGGGAGGAAAGUAAGAAGUGGAUACCAAGGUGCGAGAUGUUGCGGUUUUCGCAUCAAGUGCCGUCUUGGUUUCUUAAAGAUGCAACCAGCGGCUUUCCCGGAAACUGUUGGGACUUAGAUCCAGCUGCGAUCCCCGAGGAGCUGCUUCACAUCGGAGCAGGAACCAAUUGAUUUCAGUGACCCUGUAAGAAAAAGAGGGUUUCAGAUUAAGACCAAGUGUAAGAGUUGUUGUAUCAGCGAAGAUUAUGGAGUUUUAUGAAAGACUGUUAACACGCAAAACCAUUGUGUUUGGUCACUGAAGCUGUUGUAUUAGGCAAUGUUCAACGAGGAAGCAAAGCAUAGAUUGACUUUUGUUUGCUCUGUUUUUUCUUUUCUUUCUUUUUUUCGAUUCUGCAUUCGUUUCUUUGUUGACCUUAGUGAUGACAGAAUUUUUACAAGUAGAGUUAUAAAUGUAGCAAUUAUCU